GACCUGCCUGCACUGGGCCUGCAAGCGGAACCACGCGCAGGUCGUGUCCUGCCUGCUGGGUGCCGGGGCUGACAAGCGGAUCCUCACCGCCCGAGGAGAGCUGGCCGCAGAGUUAACUUCGAAACCGGACAUCCGGAAGAUUUUGGGAGAGGAAGAAACUGAAUGUCAAGGAGCAAAGGAUUUAAAUUUGCCAGUCAUUGCAAACUACUUGGCCAACCCCCCAUUCCCUGACGUCGACACUGAAGAGAGCAUUCCGGACAGCUUGUCAGAAUGCCAGAACGAAAGCGCUUCCAUCUCUUCUGCUUCCCAGAGUGAAACCAGCCCUUGCUCCUCAGCAGCUCAGGCCGAAAGCGUGCGCACACCUACAUCAUGCAACAGCGAAGACGACUUUCCCGCACUAGAUGCCGCGGAGCAACUGCCGGCCCCCUCAGCGCCUCCCGCAGCACCGAAAUGCAUCGAGCCUGAAGCGGCGAACGGGCCCGCUUGCCAGCCGCCCUCGCCCCCGACACCCAAACAGGCUGUACCGCCACAAGCCGACAGCUCGCCCACCGGUCCCGCACCAGCCUUUCAGCCCUUUUUCUUCACUGGGUCUUUCCCUUAUAACAUGCAAGAACUUGUACUUAAGGUGAGAGUCCAGAACCUGAGAGACAAUGACUUCAUUGAAAUUGAACUGGACCGCCAAGAGCUGACCUACCGAGAUCUGCUCAGAGUGAGCUGCUGUGAAUUGGGCGUUAACCCGGAACAAGUAGAGAAGAUCAGAAAAUUACCCAAUACAGUAGUAAGAAAGGACAAGGACGUUGCCAGACUUCAGGACUUCCAGGAGCUGGAGUUGGUUCUGGUGAAAAGUGAGAGCUCUCCCCUCCGAAAUGCUGCGUCUCCUCUGAGCGAGAGGCCGUGCUACAACAGCCGAGCGUCGAAGCUGACCUACUGA